CAGCAAGACAACGGGUCUGGUGCAGAGGACUGUGGAGGGCACUACUCAGGCCUUCCACUUUCGCUUCCUCUUGGCAAGGAUGCAUUGGGGCGCCGUAAAGUAGCUGCCCUUUCUCUUCCCUUUAUGGUGGAGAUGGAAGCACGAUCACCUCUUAGUCCUAAGGGAGCGAACUCAGCUGACGAGCUUGAGGUUCGAAGUUUUCGCAAGGAAUCUUUCGUUCAAGCUGCCUCUGCAGUAUACAAGAGGACGAGUGCGGCUGUCCGUGUUUCACCAAGAACGAGAAGGCCCGCCACAGUUGACUGGCUCGCAAACUUCGAAGCUCAGAAUAUGAAGCAAUCGGCAGCUCACGCGGGCAACCUACUUGGUCAGCACGACGAAAACGUUUUGAAGGUCAGGGGUGCGCUUAGAGCUGCGGAGAAGAGCUCAGAGCUCCAAACCGGGAUCACAGGCAGUGAUAGCAGGGCUGUCAGAGAACCAGGAAGGUUAGAGUCAGGUGGGGAAGCUGCUGACAUCAGCGGGGCUUCAAGAGAGUCUUCAGCACUGGUGCCCCCAUCAGACCAGUCGACUGAUGAGAAGUCAGUGAGAGCUAGCGUUGUUAUUCUGGAAGGGCCAAGCCUGGCAGACGGGGGAGAAAGGAGCCUUUCUGAAGCAAGUGGAGCUGGCCAAAUGCCUGAAGCUGGGGCACAUGACGAUGCAGAAACAGAGGAGGAAGAUGGAGACUGGGAGGCCCUGCCUUCAGAAAAGGAGAUUGAAACUUAUGCGGAGUAUCUGGGGAUGAAGCCCAAGGAGGAUACAGAGGUGCUCUGGAUUGCAGAGCAGGCGAUGUUGUGUCCGGUCCCAGACGGCUGGCAGGAGGGCGUUGACAGCGACGGCAGCACCUACUUCUACGAGCUCGAGACGAUGACGUCAUGCCGAGCUCACCCGUGCGAUGACGAUUACAAGUUCCUGUACCGAGGCCUCCGGCGAUCGGUCCGGGAGUCUGCAGUGACGUUCGAAGCGGUCAUCAUAAUGGCCGACCGGUUGGGCAUCGACGUGGCGACCGAGCCGCACCUACUAUGGGUUGCCCGGCACGCCCUUUUGGCGCCAUUGCUGCCCGGGUGGGAGGAGAUGGAGGACGAGGAGGGCAGCUACUACUACGACCGGAGAGCGGAACGCGCCACAGCGGAACACCCCAUUGACGCUUUCUUCUUCCGGCUGAUUGAAACGGAGCGAAUGAAGAGGAAAGAACUAGAGAAGAGCAACUCGAGCGCCCUCGCCGCAAAAGAUGCAGAAGCGUGCGUGAUGGAGCUUCUGGACGAGGAUGGAGACGUGUUCACCUUCGACUGGUCGAAAGCCGAGAAGCACGAGCCGCCACCGUUCGAUGAGGAUCCGGCAACUGCUGACAGCUGGUCUUCCAUGGCUGUCUUGCCCACUGUUGCCAAGUUGGUGUGGAAAGCCCCGCUUGGAUUAUUUACCGCCCUGCUCAGAAUCUGGUCCACUGUAGUCGGAAGCCGAGUUGCGGCAAGCGAUGCUUGAAAGGUUGCCCAGCCUUAUUCGGUACAAAGGUGGCGGCUGCUAACGUACUGCUGCGCUUCAAACACGCCGCAAACGCUGAGGCACCGUUUAAACGCGCAAUUGCCAUGGGCCGGGAACGAACUGACCACAAUCGCUCUCGGUCAUGCGGAGUACUGUAUUGCAUCCGCGAUCGUUCAGUAUAGGUAAAGAUUCCUAUACGGCGGUACGCACUGAUCCUACACGGGCACGCGAAGAUUUCUCUACCAACGCAAUCCACUUGGAUCGUGGCACGCGCUGCCAUGACAUUGAUCACGUCUGGUCG